UUUAUUGAAUGUAAGUAAGCCUCUGCCCUCGCAAGCACCACCCAGAAGUAAUCAUUAAUUUAUAGUAUCUUGUAAAGCUGCAGAGAGGUUGAAUAUUCUACAACCUUUCUUGGGAAAGACUCAAAAGAAUAAACUGACAAGCUGUCAGAGGGACGUUUCAGACCAUAUCAGAGUUCAGCUCAGCGCACAUGUGCUGUGAUCCAAAAAUGGGGGUCGUCACUGCAGCAGCCUUUUUCCUUUUCCUUUUUGCAGUUGUCACCUCUACCACCAAUGGCUUGGUGGAGCUGCACGCCAACAGGUUGGUGACAGCACAGUGCCACAGCCGAGUGACGCUGCACUGCAACAUCUCCUCGCUGAAUGGCCUCUCGGUCACGCUCCUAGCCUGGAUCCAUGAAAAGACAGGGGAAAAUCUGUGCUCGUUCGACAACAAGGCGUCACAUAAACCAGAUGCUAGAAUCCUGUGCGACUACAUGCCCGAGAAGCAGCUGGCCCUGACCUUCAAGCAUGUGUGGCCUUCAGACCAGGGAACAUACAUCUGCAAACUGCGCUCCAACCAGGGCAUGAAACACGUCAGCUCUGCUGUGAAAGUACAAGAAUGUCACGGACAUGCCAAACAACACUCGUCCUCGUCACAGGUGGAGUGCCAUUUCCAUGGGGUAUACCCCCAAGGUGAGGUGCACUGGUUUUUCCACGAGAAGAAUGUAACUCUGGACGCAACACCAGCCACCUGUGCCGGACCGGACCACAAGGGACUGUACAAUGUCUCCAGCAACCUCCCCACUGAAAAGACAACAGGGGACUACACCUGUUCUCUGUGGAUUCCCAGCACUGGAGAUUACCUGGUCAGCAAAAAGGUGAACGUGUGGAUGCCACCCACCCAAGACCAUCAGAGAAGCAGGGCCGCCUCAAGGCAUGUUGUGGGGCUGGGUUGGGCCCUGCUUCACAUCUGGCGCUUCAUUGUGUAACACUUCAGUUGUGCCCGGGGGGCUGCUUUUACAGGAAGCCACGUGACCAACACAGUUCACCCAGCCAAUAAAGAAACUGCAAAAAAGU